CACAGCUGAUGGAGAUAUAAAACACCGCUCUAACAGAGAGGAUGAUGCAGGGAUCUUUUUCUUUUUCACUUUAACCUCCGGCUCAGUCAGAAGUCUCUGUUUCCUUCUCCACUCAUCCCGCAGCAUGAGCGCUGAAUGCAGCAGCUACUCCAACGCUGACGGAGUGUUUGUGGACGGGUUCUCGUGCCCCAGACCGGGAAACGCUGCCGCCGCUGCCUACUGCUGCGGAUUUAAUGAUGUCAAGUACUGCUGUGAUGAUCCCAACAGCUUUUUCCCGUAUGAGUAUGGAUACAUGUGGUGGCUGAGUAUCGGCGCGCUGGUUGGUCUCUCUAUUGCAGCAGUGGUCCUCCUUGCCUUCCUCAUCACCGUUUGUGUCCUGUGCUACCUCUUCAUCGCCACCAAACCCAGUCGUCUUGACAACGGCCUACCCCUCAUAGCACCAGCAGGAGAUCCCAGUGAGGGGCCCAGCCAUGUGAGAGCGACCGGUGCCUCUGGUCCGCAGGGAUUCAGAAAACACUUCAUGAGCAGAAAGCUGGACUGUGAUAACCAGCCGCCGGACCCUGAGCUCCUGUUUCAGAGGUGUUUCACAGCUACCAUCACUGGCAUGAAAGUGGAAAAUCCUACAUAG